CAUUCCAGCCUGCCUCUGGUAUUUAAACACUACACCCUUUACCGUCUCCAUAACGGGAACUACAGUAACCACAGUGCUGCAUCAGUGAGGUUCUGUCUGAAGUCCUUCCACUAAGAAAUCAUAAAAAAUGGCAUUGGUCUCAGAAUUCUUGGGACAGCUCACUCUGAAUUUUGGCGGGGAGAGUGAGCCCAAAUUCCCCACUGUGGUGCCAGUAGCAGACUUUGACCCAGCCAAAGAUGCUACACGGAUUGAAACAGCCAUUAAAACUAAGGGUGUUGAUGAGCAAACCAUCAUAGACAUCUUGACAAGACGUAGCUACUCCCAGAGGAGAGAAAUCGCCUUUGAAUAUGAAAAGAGAGCGAAGAAGGACAUGAUCACAGCCCUGAAAGGAGCCCUCUCUGGCUCCCUGGAGCAUGUGGUUCUGGGCCUGAUGAAGAGUACUGCUCAGUAUGAUGCCUCAGAGCUCAAAGGUUCUAUGAAGGGUCUGGGAACUGAUGAAGAGACCCUGAUUGAGAUAGUCUGCUCACGGAGCAAUGAAGAACUGAUGGAUAUCAAAAGUGUUUACAAGGAGUUGUUCAAGAAGGAGCUAGAGAAGGAGGUCUCUGGUGACACCUCAGGGGAUUUUGCAAAGCUGCUUCUGGCUCUCGUACAGACCAAGAGAGAUGAGCCAACAAACAUUGUGGACUAUGAAAAGAUUGACCAGGAUUCAAGAGCUCUAUACGAAGCAGGUGUGAAGAGGAAGGGGACUGAUGUGGCCACCUGGAUCUCUAUCAUGUCAGAGAGAAGUGUGCCCCACCUACAGAAAGUCUUCGAUAGGUACAAGAGCUACAGUCCCUACGAUAUGAAGGAGAGCAUCAGGAAGGAAGUGAAGGGAGACCUGGAGAAGUCCUUCCUCACUCUGGUUGAGUGCUUUGAAAACAAGCAGUUGUACUUCGCGAACAGACUCAGCGAAGCUAUGAAGAGCAAAGGGGCCAAGGAGAAGGUGGUGACCAGAAUCAUGGUGUCUCGCUGCGAGGUGGAUCUCAUGAAGAUCCGCACUGAGUUUAAGAAGACGCAUGGGAAGUCCCUCUACCAGACCAUCGCUGAGCGCACUAAAGGAGACUAUCAGAAGGCCCUGCUGAGUCUGUGUGGAGGGGAUGACUAAAAACUACACUUCCCAUCUCCAUACCUUGUCCCAAAGGUAUGAUGAUGCCCAUUGGAGGAAGGUCUCUAGUGAUACAAACAAUGAAGAAAGCACUGUAAUGGUCAUUAGGUUUCAAGCAAGUGCUUGUUCAUUACCAAAUUGACUACAGUAUUAGAGGCCCUGAUUUUUCAAAGAUGUCAUCCCUUUUUUCUGUGAAGAGAAUGAUCCCUGGGAUACCAACUGAAGAAUACAUUAUUAAUGUUUUAAACCAUUAUUCACUCAUAGUAUGUUUUGUGUUUGAAAUUAUUUUAUAUCUAGGACCGUUUUGUUUUACUUUAAAAGUUAAGGCUCACAUUUCAAGUACAUUUUGCCUGGUCUUUUUCUCUUCCCACAUCCACUAGAGUGCGCUAGAGCAGUACAAUGCAUUAGUCCCUGAUUCAACCCACUGCAAUUGAAGUGUUUAUUACAAGCACACAUUUCUUAAGUUAGAGUUAUGAAAAUAAAUACAAAUAUUCACCUUACCUUCCUAUUAAGAAUAGAAAUUACGAAUAAAAUCCUACAUCUGUUGUCAGCCAAUAUUCCUUUACCUGAAUGAAACAUCAUUCAAGUAUGUAAUUCCCACUUUGAACAUCAAUGUUAAGUGCUUCAAAGUUAAAACUUCACCAACAAAUAUUGAUUUAUAAUUGUCCAGCAAUAGACCACAACAGUCUUGUAGUUAUGUUAUAUGUUUAGGCCUAUGUGUCCAUUAACUUUGUGAAUUCACAAAUCAUGAUUAAUUCCUCUGGAAAUCAGAUAAAAUAAAAAUGUUACAUGAAACCUCA